AUGGCUCGUAUGCUUCAGUCGCUGCGGCGAGCCUUGGGACUGACUUCGCCCAAGCCAGUCACUGCGUUCCGUAGGUCUAUCGAUACAGACUUCUCCUUCUUUCGAGAGGGAGACCGAGCCAUUGUCCAUGGCAAAACCCCAUCGUUAACGAAACCCCUGCGACAGGGUCAGAAAACAGACCUCCGGCGUGGGUACCUAGAGCACAACAACAUCAUCGGUCGGCGAGUGCGCGAGCGAAUUCAGGCACAGAAAGGUCAGCAUAAUCUCAAUUGCCCAAAGGGACAUGAAAGGAAAAGUCGAACCUUGCCUAACAUCGCUUCCCACCCGAGUACAGGCCCCGAAUAUCGACUCACACUUCCUACACUGGACGAAUAUGUCGCCCUGACGCCUCGCUUGGUAACACCGAUCUACGCCGCGGACGCCAAUCUCAUCGUCUCCCUACUUGAUAUCCAUGUAGCACCUCCAGCAGAAGGAGAAGAACGCACUCAACAGCCUCUCGAAAUCCUCGAGUCCGGCACCGGCCAUGGUUCCCUAACACUGCACCUGGCGCGCGCAAUCCAAGCCGCAAACUCAACACCCCCGCCGCUACCAGCUCAAUCCCAGAUCCAAUACCUCCAAGGCCGACCCAUACGACCGGACGAGGAACCAGAAGAAAAGAACAAAGAAAGCGCACCCACUAACGAGACACCGAUUGACCCAGCCCAACAACAAUGGGACGCCUGGCGCACUCAACGCAGAGCCAUAAUCCACACCGUGGACGUGUCUCCAAAGUUCUCCGCCCACGCCGAGAAAACCGUCCGCGGCUUCCGACGGGGUCUCUACGCAGGCAACGUCGAUUUCUACGUAGGCCACGUCGAGAACUGGAUAGCAGAGCAGAAACGACUCCGCACGCCAACUAGCCUUCUACCCCUAACACAGAAAACGGCGGACCCGUUCCUCUCAUAUGCGAUCCUGGAUAUGCCAGCCUCACACCAGCGCAUUCCCCACGUGGCCCCGAUUCUGAAAGAGAACGGCGUGCUCGCUGUCUUCAUGCCCAGUAUCACCCAGAUCGGUGAUUGCGUGAAUCUGAUCCGUCGGCAGAAGUUGCCAUUCAUCCUGGAGAAGGUCGUUGAGCUCGGUCCCGGCAUCAGUAGCGGACGUCAAUGGGACGUCCGCUUUGCGGUGAAGAAGUCUCGUGCGGAUCCCUCGUCGUGGAAUGAGUCCUCUGAACCGAGCGAAGGAGCUGUUCAGCAGGAUCGGGAGACUCUUGACGAAGGUUCCGUGGAGAGCGUCUCUGUCCCUGAGGAAGCGCCCAAGGAAGAAGAUAGUGUGCUUGUUUGCCGGCCGAAGGUCGGAUCACGUAUAGUGGGCGGAGGGUUUGUUGGAAUAUGGAGACGCAUAGAGGAUUCCCAGAAACAGUGA